CCUCUCUUCCGCUCUUCCAAAAACAAAGUUUCCACUACUAGUAGUUGCCAGCAGAAAUUUUCCUAGGAAUCGAAAUGCUAACAAACAUCUGAAAGUACUGAUGAUUCUUAUCUAACUAGGAACACGUCUGAUUGAUUUACUGAGGGACGGUCAAGGCAAACUGGCAGGCGCUCAAUUUCAAAUGAUACUGGCUACAGAACGGAUAAUAACUAGCUUGAUUUUGUGUUUUAUACGUAGGGGUUACCAUGGAAUCACGUCGAGUACGUUAUUCUGAACAGCAUUUACGAUUUCGUGCGCAGUUGAUUUCACAUCUUUUCUUAAUAAACAUUUACAUGUUUUUGCUAGGACGCAGAAACAUGUUGCGGAGGAUUUUGCUCAGCGAUAUUGCUAUUACUGCUUAUUAUUGAAGCUAGGUUCCCGUGAUCAUUUAUGCUACGUAGACAGAACUAAAGUCUUUAGAUCCAAUUUAUGGUUUUUGUUGUGAUUCAAGAAAAUCCACCUGUUUAGAUUUCGGGUUGAGUCCGGUUUUCUUCGUUUGAACAAAGCAUUAACGCUACGCCCGUCAAACAUGUCUGAGGUUGCCGCCUGUUGUUAGUAAAAUUUUCAGGAACGCUGAAGGCAACACUUUUAGUGAUCGUCUUGGAAAUGUCAAGAUAAAUUUGUUCUUCUCGGAUGUAACCAGCUAAGCCUAAAAGAGAGGAAAUUUCUGGCAUUAGCAACAUCUCGCUUUUCAAAAGAAGUAAGACAUUUUCGAGAAUUAAAUUUGUGAAGUUACGGAGAUCGGAACACUUGCCUGCUCUGGCACAUAGCUAAUUCGCAGGAAACGAGGACACGGAGUGAAAUUGGCAGCAUAUUUUGCAUCAAAUUUGGUUGGACGAGAAACAAACGUGCAUAAGAUGAACUUCUACUGAAACAGAUCCCCAACAGCAAGCAAUAGUUUAAGCAGCAUUGUCAUAUUGGUGCUAUAUCACUGAUAUCUGGUCAACCAAGCCCAAUUGGAAAACACAAUGGAAGUAUUAAGAGAUUGUCAAUCUCCUAUCGAGAUGAACUCUUUUGAAGUUGAUAUGAAUUCGAAAUCUGGUAGAAUAUCGCCCGAGAGGCAGGCAAUGAUACCUUCGCAUGAAACAAAGAAUUCUCUAAACAACAACAGCAAUCAUUCGAACAAUGCUGAAAAAAAUCCAAAUGAAGUGGAAGCUGAGUUGGGCUUCUUCAAUCAUUUCGUGGCAUUCCUCUGUAUCAUUGUCAUGCUGCUAACCUUUCCUUUGUCGCUCCUGUUUUGCAUAAAGGUAACCCAGGAAUAUGAAAGAGCUGUUAUUUUUCGACUCGGGAGAGUUCUGCCAGGAAGUGCCAAAGGUCCAGGUUUGCUUUUUGUGUUACCUUGCAUUGACGAGAUGGCAAAAGUCGACCUUCGCACAGUCACAAUCAACAUUCCACCACAGGAAGCCCUGACAAGGGACAGCGUUACUGUGACCGUAGAUGCUGUUGUCUAUUUCUUCAUAAAAGAGGCGAAGCGCUCGGUUACCAAGAUCAGAAAUGCAGCAGGAUCUACAAAACUCCUCGCUCAAACAACGCUUAGGAAUAUGAUAGGCACUAAGACGCUGGCUGAAGCUUUACUAGAUCGAGAAGAUGUCAGCCGACAGAUGCAGGCCAUAUUGGAUGAGGCAACAACACCUUGGGGAGUGAAAGUUGAAAGAGUUGAGAUAAAAGACUUGCGAUUGCCACAACAUCUGCAAAGAUCAAUGGCCGCAGAGGCAGAGGCAGCAAGAGAAGCCAGUGCUAAGGUUGUUGCUGCAAACGGAGAAUUGAAAUCAGCAAUGUCAUUGAAAGAAGCUUCAAAGAUCAUCUCUCAGUCUUACGCAGCGAUCCAGCUUCGAGUUCUUCAGACUCUUACGACAAUAUCAACUGAAAAGAAUUCAACAGUUGUUGUUCCAAUACCAGCGCAUCUUCUGACGAACUAGCGUGUCUACAUGAGAAGGACACAAGGAGCAAAAUGUAAAUUUGGGAUCCCAAGGCUAGGGUUUCACUAAACCUCCUGUGAAAAAGGGGAAAACAAGAAUUUGCCCAAGAUUAAUACAAUCUCAACUUUAUUUUUACCACCUCAACAUUGUACUAUCAGAAACGUAAAUGGACAUACAUGUACUUUUAAAAUACUUUGCCAACUUAUGAACAAACCUCAAAGAAAAUGCUCAAUAAAAAGAGACGGUCUCCCCCCUUCAAGGGGAUUCGUCUCGAAAAAAACCACCCCUUUCUCAUCUGUUUCGCCCUUUGAGGAUGAUAGCAGCUCUUUUCAAAGACAGCAGGUCUAUGCUGAACUGAACAUGAUUUCUGUUGUUAUUCGAGAAGCUUGCAAUUUAUAACUGAGUAACAAAACUAAGAACUCUACGUGAUGCACAAUAAUCAGUCCAAAUUCAGGAUAGUUGGAAAUUUCUAGAAGCUUCUGCACGAUCCUUAAUUGGCUAAGAAUAGAGCAGCAAGCCAUCUACUCGCACCAUGCGUCCUAAACUGUGCUACUAAUUACGAAAGUCGUGAGCUUACCUAUAUAAUCAGCAAUUUGCGAAACUGUUGAGUGCAUGUUCCCAACAAUGUUUAAACAUCUAAUGUUUAAAUUAAGAUUGAAAUGCAAAAGAAAUUAAGGAAAAAUCAUGUAGAAAAAAGAAACCAGACUGACUAAGCAAAUCUUAGUGUUAAUAACUGUAUAUUAUUGUUAUCUGUUCGAUGUUACAAAAUGUA